AUGGAGAAUAAUUUCGAGCAAGUGGAACGCGAGCUGUUGGAGCAAGCAAAUGGAGUCACUACUUUGGGCGAGUGUUUUAUGUGGUUGCAGCGAUGCGACGAGAUUAUACAACAGCUUGAGGAACAUAACCGUAUCAAGCGUCCUCGGCUUACCGUCGGACAAAGACAAUCGUUGGUGGCGAGGAUCGCGCGACUCGAAGGUGAAAAGACACAAUUACAAAGACGUUUCGUGGAUGUAGGUGGUAAUUACGCGAGCACUAGUAAUAACGCGAACAAACUCAUGUGGCGAGAGAUAGAUACAGCGUUCGAGAAUCGCAUUCAGACAGGUGCAGUGAUAAAUACAAACUAUAUUGAACCGCGAACGUUUUUAGAAGACGCAGGCGAUAUAGUGCUCGAGCAAGUGCGGGACGCUCUAGAAAAACACAACAAUUACGAGCGACGCAUUAUCGAGCCCACUUUGACUUCGCUCGAAGAGUUUCAAGAACGUGAUAGCGGAUGGGCGUUGUCGCGAAUUCUUAAUUUGACUCUAAAUAUAAAUAAGUACAAUCCUCUACACGCGGGGUGUCAUGUGACAUUACCGCGAGAAAUAAUGAUGAAGCGUGCAGUAGUGAACGUUAAUUCAAAAGAUAACGCAUGCUUCGCGUGGCCGGUGGUCGCCGCUCUACAUCCUGCUGAAAGAAACACAGGAUUGGAAUCGUCAUAUCCACAUUAUGCAACAGUCCUAAAGCUUGAUGAUAUUGUGUUUCCCGUUACAGUAAAGGAUAUAGGAAAAUUUGAGAGUCUAAACAAUAUAUCGAUCAACGUCUACGGGAUGAAAAAGGAAAUGGCAAUGCUAAAGAUUCUUCCGCUGCGGCUCUCCAAUGACAAGAAAGAGAAGCAUGUUAAUUUAUUAUACAUGCAAAAUCCGCGCGAAGACAGCGUAGGCCACUUUGCCUGGAUAAAAAAUCUGUCCCGUCUCGUCAGCUCCCAACUGAGCAAACAUAAUGGAAAAAAAUUCAUUUGCGAUCGGUGCUUGAACUAUUUUUCAUCAUGCGAGAGGUUGCAAUCACACGCUGUAGACUGUCAGAGAAUGAACGACUGCGCUAUCACAUUGCCCGCUGAAGACGACAAGUGGUUGAAUUUCCGGAAUGUAAACCACAAGGAACGAGUGCCCUUUAUCGUCUACGCGGACCUCGAGUGUGUGCUGCGGAAGACGCAACAUGAUACAGAGCAAGCGUCGUACACAUAUCAACAACAUGAGGUAUUCAGCAUCGGAUAUUACGUGCGAUGCUCGUACAACAACACGUUAUCCGCGUACCGGUUUCGUUGCGAUAAAGAUUGCGUCGCAUGGUUCACUAAACAACUUGAAGAAUUAGCGUAUAAUGUUAAGACUCGUUUAUCAACUAAUGUUUCCAUGGAAACAUUAUCGGAGGAACAAUUGGAGGCAUAUCGUAGCGCGACGCGGUGUCAUAUCUGCGAUAAGCCGUUCGCGUCGGAUGAUACGCGGGUGCGCGAUCAUUGUCAUUUGACUGGUCGUUACCGCGGUCCUGCACAUUCUCUCUGCAAUUUAAAUUAUCGAAAUGUAUCAUACAUGCCAAUUAUUUUUCAUAAUUUAUCUGGAUACGAUUCACAUUUUAUUAUUAAAAAAAUAGCCACAGCGUUUAAAGGAAGGACCGACGUACUCCCCAUCACAAAAGAAAAGUACAUUUCUUUUACAAAACAUGUCGUAGACACAGCUGAUAAAUUAGAUCCACACAAUUACAUAAAACUACGGUUCAUAGAUUCAUAUAAAUUUUUAAAUACUAGUCUUGAAAAAUUAGCAUCAUUUCUAGGCAAAGAAAAAUUAAAAAUUGUACGUUCCAAAUUUUUACACUUAUCUGACGAGGAUUUCGAUUUAUUGACACGAAAAGGUGUAUUUCCGUAUGAGUACAUUGACUGCGUGGACAAACUGCAGGACGCGUGCUUACCGCCGCGCGAAUCAUUUUUCAGUUCCCUGACCUCUGAUACUGUAUCCGAGAGUGAUUACGUGCACGCCGAGAAUGUAUGGAAGCGAUUCUCUAUUCGAACCUGA